ACCCUUUUUGUGUGACGUGUUGAACGGUUCCUGCUGCGUUUGACGAAGACGCUACCGCAGCUUCGACUAUUUUUACAGACACAGAUAAAACCUCGCCAAUUAUGGCAUCAAAAGAGAUGUGUAUCUCCAUGGGAGGCCAGUAUGGCUACCAGGAAGUCCGUAUUUACCAGUCUGAGGACUCAUUGUUGGGGACGGGAUCCUAUGGAAAUGUUGUUAAGGCAAAGCUUGAUGAUCUUGCAUGUGCUGCUAAAAUUCUUCAUCAAGUUAUUUUUACCGGGAAGUCAAUUGUUUCUCGUUUCGAUCAAGAAUGUACUAUUUUGCGCGAUCUAAAACAUCCAAAUAUUGUUCAGUUUCUUGGUAUGGUAAAUGACCCUAGUUCAGGGCAUCUAAUACUUCUAAUGGAGAUGAUGCAACAAAGUUUAACGCAGUUUCUUGAGCUGCCACCGAAAUUGCUCCCAUUCUAUUUGCAAGUAAAUAUUUCCCAUGAUAUCGCACUCGCCGUUGCUCACCUGCAUCGAAAUAGAAUCCUUCAUCGAGAUCUUUCAAGCAACAAUAUUCUCAUGACGAAAGGUUGCCAGGCUAAAGUUACAGAUUUUGGCAUGGCAAAAAUAGCCGAAUCCAAUAGAUCCAUGACCCGCAGUCGAGUAACACAGUGUCCUGGGACACUUGUAUACAUGCCACCUGAGGCUCUACUUACAGCACCACGGUAUUCUGAAAAGCUUGAUAUAUUUUCACUUGGUGUACUACUUAUUCAAAUUAUGACCAAAAAGUUUCCAUCUCCAACAAAUGCUCAAAUUACCAUUGAAGACGACAGGUCUCCUACCGGGGAGAUUAUUGUUCCUGUCGAAGAAGUUAAACGUCGUAAAGCAGAUAUAGAGACUAUUCCCAAAAGUAAUGCUCUGCUACCAGUUGCUUUAAGCUGUUUGAAGGAUAAGCACCAAGAGCGACCUGAUGCUGUACAGCUAUGCCAGUGUAUAGAAGCAUUAAAAACCACACCGGCACAUGUGGAAAGCUCUACUCAACACUCUGAUCUUCCUUCCACAUGUAGCCCAAGUUCUUCUCCCAGUGCUGGUCAAGUAGAAGAGGAAGUAAAUGAUAUUCGCCCUCCAAUUUAUGCU